AUGGCAGCAGAAGCUAAAUACUGUCACAAGACUUGGGAUUGCAGUACCUUCGAUCACUGCUUGGAUGACUGUAAGAGCCGCUACGGCGGGAGAGGACAUUGUCGUACCAUGCAUGCUCCCUUCAUUCCUAAGCAAUGCUUUUGCUAUCAUGAAUGUUGA